GAAUUCAGGAUGAAGUGACAUAUAAACAGGAUUUAUAGUGCGUGUGUGAUUUAGUUGUUUAUAUGUUUUUUUUCUCGCUCAAAUAACAGAAAUAUACAUUUGUGUAUUUUAAUUUUACAUUUGAUUUCUGUAUACAUAUUAUUUAUUAUUGCUUUUAAUCAAGACAUCCUAAACCAGUUCGUUGGUUGAUAGGAGUAUUUUUUCCCGAAUAUUUUAAACAUUUUGAAAUAAUUACGUUUUAAUAAUUCCUAAAACUUAGAAUAAAUAGUGAAUUUAUUAUCAUCAAAAUAAGAAGAUGCAAUCAUUAAGAGGAAUAUUUCCCAGACCCAAAGCACCACCAAAACGUGAUUUUAUUAAAGAAAAUGUAAAAAAUGUAAAAAAUAUAAAAUUUAUGCAGCAACACAAUCAUAACAUAAAGCAACCGAGUGAUUUUAAUGAAUUUGAAAGAAAUAAAGUUCAACAGCGAAAAACUCGAUCAACGUCACACAGUCGACUUCGUUCAUCAUCGAAUUCGGUCAAGAAUAUCGCGACCGGUAAGAGUGUAGAGAACGUUACGAAAUUUGGUGAGAAUACACGGCCAUUAAGCGUUCAAAGUCGUGAUGCAUAUAGCCAAACUGAAUCGGUUGAUGAUGAACUUUUCCUCAAAGAUGUCAUCAUCAGACUUCCGUCGGCCUCGAUUAGCAAUAACAAACCCAACAUAAUCGAAAGAGUGUCUGAGUUUGAAUGCCCAGUUGACUAUAAUGAAAUAAAUAAUAAGGGGUACCAAAGUGAAGUGGAAAAUAUCGACGGUGUUCCAGGUUUAGAGGAAUGUCACAUAAAUGACCAACCGAAUGCACCGAAGAAUGCGCUACAAGAGCCAUACACCACAGAAAUCGAUAGACCUAUUCAUCAAUUUAGUACACGAUGUCAAUAUAGUCUGCAAUUGUGUGCACAAGAUAAUAGCAAACCAAUCGUACCAUCAUCUUACCGAAAGGGUGAAAUUCCGAAAUACCUAAAAGAAAUAAAAUCGCGAGAAGAAGAACGAAAUCGCUUGAUAGCUCUCGUUGAUGUGAAUUGCCCACCAGGGCAUACCGUUUUAACUGAAUCGGAACGUCUAGAAUCGUUGCAUAUUGCUAAACAAAAAUAUCAGGAUCUCAUCGAUGAAUUAAACCACAUGCCACUGACAUCGAAAACGCUGCGAGUGAGAAACCGUCAAAUUGAAAUUGAAAAAGAGCUGAGAAAAUUGGAUCAGACCAUACAAAUAUUUUCGCGAUCGAGAGUGUAUGUAAAAAAUGAAGAUUAAAAGUGAGCUUCGUUGCCUUUUCAAAGAUAAAUUUAGACCGAAGUCGCGUCUUACAUUAAUAUAAGGAAACAUUUUGAUGACAAGAAUGUUAUAUUUUUUUGUAUACUAAAAGUGCACUUAUCGUAUUUGACUAAGUAGACUUAGUCCGGAUUUUUGAAUAUCGAAACUACAAAAGAGAAAAAAAAUACGAAAAAAGAAUGUUGGCAAAUAUAAAUAUAUUUUUGAUGUUCGAAAUAUUCUGACUUCUUUUAAUAACAGAAAUUCAAAAUUAGUCUAGCUUUUUGCGUGCAAUUUUAUUUGAAUUUUCAAACUUCACACAAUUACUUUAAGAACUUGGCCAAAAACAAAAUAUCUCAAAACUGAACAUUUAUGCUCAAGAAACAAAAUGGUAUACAAAUCAAUUUUUUUUUUGGCAUAUGAGUACAUUGUUCGAAUCAAUAAAACGUCCAUUUACGAUCAGAAUUUAAAAAAAAAAUGUACCGAGCUUGGAAGAAAAUAUUUGUUCAUCACUUGAAAUAUUUAAAAUUCACAUGGUACUAACAAAUAUAUGUAAUUUUUUCCCAUCGAAAAUGCAAGUGACCUUAAAUAAAUGUUUUAUGUCAAAAUGUCGUGUC